AUGUCUAGAAAAAAUUAUAAAAAUCUUGGAGUUUCAGUUUUAGAAACUGGGCCUGGAGCUCCUUCUGUUGUUAGCUUUAGAGGGCCUAGAUAUGUUAUGAAUAUAACUUCAAUUUCAAGAGGCAAGUUAGAUACAACUUUUCCUAUAAAAGCUCUUCAAGAUGCAUUUUAUAAGUUUAUAGAUUUUAUCAAAAAUAAAGCAAAAAAUCAACAAAUUAAUAAUCAAUAUUUGAAUGAAAUGUUUGAACAAAAAAUAGACUGGAUGGUUAAAGUCAGUGAAGAAAUUAUUAAUAUAGAAUGA